UACUGGACUCCAUUACCCAUGAGCACCCGCGGCGCAAAUCACAAGAUCCGUCAUGAGAAUGUGUAGCUUUAUUUUUUAACAGCACCGCGUCCGUUCUGGUCGGUUCUGGUACCAUGGCGGUGGAAACCAUCGCGCCCGACUGGGAGUUCGACCGUUUUGAUGACGGUUCUCAGAAAAUCCACACGGAGGUCCAGCUGAAGAGCUACAGCAGGUUUCUGGAGGAGUACACCUCUCAGCUGAAGGGCAUCGAGGAAGCUCUGGACGACUCCAUCGGAGACGUGUGGGACUUCACGUUGGACCCGAUCGCUCUGAAGCUCAUCCCGUGUGAACAGUCAUCCUUGUUGGAGUUGAUCAAAACCGACAACAAGGUUCUGAACAAAGUGAUCACCGUUUAUGCGGCUCUCUGCAGUGAAGUGAAGAAGCUCAAGUAUGAGGCGGAAACAAAGUUCUAUAACGGCUUACUGUUCUACGGAGAGGGGGUGUCUGAAAGCAGCGUCGUCGAAGGAGAGUCGCAGAUCCAGAUGGGCAGAUUCAUUUCGUUCUUGCAGGAGCUGUCCUGCUUCGUCUCACGGUGCUACGAGGUGGUGGUCAGCAUCGUCCAUCAGCUGGCUGCCGUCUACAACAGCAACAAGGUUGCACCAAAAGUCAUCGAGACGUCGGGGGUUCACUUCCAGACACUGUACGAACACCUGGGGGAGCUGUUGGUGGUGCUGCUUACGCUGGAUGAGAUCAUGGAAAACCACGGGACCCUCAAAGAUCACUGGAAGAUGUACAAAAGGUUACUGAAGUCUGUGCAUCAUAAUCCUGGAAAAUUCCACAUUCCUGAGGAGAAGCUGAAGCCCUUCGAGAAGCUCCUGCUCAGACUGGAGGGGCAGCUGCUGGACGGCAUGAUCCUGCAGGCCUGUGUGGAGCAGAGAUUCGACGACCCGGGGGAGGGAGUGUCUGUUGCCAAAAACAGCGCCUUCGCCGAGGAGUUUGCCUUCAACAUUCGCACCAUUUUCACCAACCUGGAGUCCAAGAUCGGUGAGCCUUUAGAAAUCGACCAGAGAGAUAAGUACGCCGGCGUUUGCAGCCUCUUUGUUCUUCACUUCCACAUUUUCCGGAGUGUGGACAAAAAGCUCUACAAAGCUCUGCUCGAUGUCUGUAAAAAGGUUCCUGCUAUCACUCUGUCUGCAAACAUCAUCUGGUUCCCGGACUCCUUCCUGGUCGCCAAGGUCCCGGCUGCAGCCAAACUGAUGGACAAGAAGAGUCUCCAGAGCAUCCGAGCGCAGAGGGACGCGUACCUGCAGCAGCGAGCGCUCACGCUAACCAAGGACGUGCAGUCCUAUUACGUGUUUGUGACGUCCUGGAUGAUGAAGAUGGAUUCCAUCCCCUCCAAGGAUCCGAAAGCCGACAAGCUGGCAGAAGACCUGAGCAGCAGGUGCAACGUGUUUGUGCAGGGCAUCCUGUACGCGUACAGCAUCAGCACCAUCAUCAAGACCACCAUGAACAUGUACAUGUCCAUGCAGCGGCCCAUGACCAAGACCUCCGUCAAAGCUCUCUGUCGGCUGGUGGAGCUGCUGAAGGCCGUGGAGCACACGUUCCACCGCCGUGCCAUGGUCGUAGCCGACUCAGUGUCCCACAUCACGCAGCAGCUCCAGUCUCAGGCCCUCGGCGCCAUCAACGUCGCUAAGAAAAGGGUGGUGUCCGACAGGAAGUACAGCGAGCAGCGGCUGGACGUGCUCUCCUCCCUGGUGCUGGCUGAAAAUGCUCUGAGCGGGCCGAGCACGAAGGAGCGCCGCCUGGUGGUGUCUCUGGCGCUGUGCGUGGGCACUCAGCUGAAAACCUUCAAAGACGAGGAGCUGCUUCCUCUGCAGCUGGUUCUGAAGAAGCUGGACCUGAUCAGCGAGCUGAGUGAGAGGGUCAAGCUGCAGUGUGACUGCAGUUUCCUGUUCUGGCACCGCGCCGUGUUUCCCAUUUACCUGGAUGACGUUUACGACAACGCCGUCGACGCCGCGCGCGUGCACUACAUGUUCAGCGCGCUCAGGGACAGCGUGCCCUCCAUGCUGCACGCCAAACACAUGGAGUCAUGUGACCAGCUGCUGGAGAGCUAUGACAAGGAAAUAAUGGACGUGUUCCACGAGCACCUCCUGGACAAACUGUGUAAGGAGAUCGAGAAGGACCUGCGUCUGUCCGUGCACACGCACCUGAAGCUGGACGACCGGAACCCCUUUAAAGUGGGCAUGAAGGACAUGGCGCACUUCUUCACCAUCAAACCGAUUCGCUUUUUCAACCGCUUCAUCAAUAUUAAAGCUUACGUGACUCACUAUCUGGAUAAAACUUUCUACAACCUGACCACCGUCGCUCUGCACGACUGGGCCACCUACAGCGAGAUGAGGAACCUGGCCACCCAGCGCUACGGACUCACCAUGGCGGAGGCUCACCUGCCCAGCCAGACUCUGGAGCAGGGUUUGGACGUUCUGGAGAUCAUGAGGAACAUUCACGUUUUUGUGUCGCGGUUUCUCUACAACCUCAACAACCAGAUCUUCAUAGAAAAGGCGAGUAACAACAAGCAUCUGAACACCAUCAACAUCCGCCACAUCGCCAACUCCAUCCGCACCCACGGCACCGGCAUCAUGAACACCACGGUCAACUUCACCUACCAGUUCCUGCGGAAAAAGUUCUACAUUUUCAGUCAGUUCAUGUACGACGAGCACAUCAAGUCCAGGCUCAUCAAGGACAUCCGCUUCUUCAAAGAGACCAAAGACCAGUCGGACCAGAAGUACCCGUUUGAGCGAGCGGAGAAGUUUAACCGCGGCAUCAGGAAGCUGGGCCUCACUCCGGACGGGCAGAGCUACCUGGACCAGUUCAGGCAACUCAUCAGUCAGAUCGGUAACGCCAUGGGAUAUGUGCGCAUGAUCCGUUCUGGAGGACUGCACUGCUGCAGCAGCGCCAUCAGGUUCGUUCCAGACCUGGAGGACAUUGUGAACUUUGAGGAGCUGGUGAAGGAGGAGGGUCUGUCGGAGGAGACUCGGAAAGCUGCGGGCGUCUUCGACUCUGUCUUGAGUGAUUUGACGAGUAACUCUGCAGAGGGGACGGAGUAUUUCCAGAUGCUGGUGACCGUGUUUGCUCCAGAGUUCCGCAGCGCGAAGAACAUGCACCUGAGGAACUUCUACAUGAUCGUUCCUCCACUGACUGUCAACUUUGUGGAACACUCCAUCAGCUGCAAGGAGAAGCUGAACAAGAAGAACAAGAGUGGAGCUGCUUUCACAGAUGAUGGCUUUGCUAUGGGCGUGGCGUACAUCCUGAAGCUGCUGGACCAGUACCUGGAGUUCGACUCUCUGCACUGGUUCCAGGCCGUGCGAGACAAGUACAAGAAGGAGAUGAGCGCGGUGGUGAAGGAGCAGAACGUUCAGUCUGCCAGUCAGGACGAGAAGCUGCUUCAAACCAUGAAUCUCACCCAGAAGAGGCUGGACGUCUACCUGCAGGAGUUCGAGCUUCUGUACUUCUCUCUGAGCAGCGCCAGAAUUUUCUUCAGAGCUGAUAAGACGGCGGCUGAAGAAACCCAGGAGAAGAAAGACAAAGAGGAAGCAGCCAAAGGCGCGUCUGACGGCGCCGCCGAGGCGUCUGCCAAAUGAGGACCCACAGAGCGUUGAUCCUCCGGGUCCUGAAGCUCCUGAGGUUUGCUCUCAGACGGUUUAUUUUUCUACAGAAGCUCUAACCUGCAGUUUUAGAUGUUUUUGUCUUUUUUAAUCUUGUUUGAGAAUAAUUUGGUGCUUCGGUUCUGUAAAUUCAUGAUCAUGUUGAUCGUCUGGAAUGGUUCAUUCUAACCUGCUGUACAUUAAAUAUUUGUUGCCUCC